UAACGUAACCAUGGUUAGAGAAUUUGUGGCCACGACUCUUAACCGCCUUGUUUGUCCGUCUCCUCCCGCUCAUAUAUAUAACCCCUCUCCCUCUUCUAAACUUCCUCAUCAAAUCCAGGACCGUGUGGAAGCUAGAUUAUCGGUUAGAGAGAGAAAAAAACGAGAAAUCACUCUUGCUGUCGUGGUGAUUUAAGAUUUAAAAACAAACAAAGUACAUGGUUGAAUUAGAUGUCCAGAUCCCUACUACUUUCGAUCCAUUUGCCGAGGCCAAAGAUUCUGAUGCCCCCGGGGCCAAAGAGUAUGUACACAUACGAGUCCAACAGAGGAACGGCAAGAAGUGCCUGACUACCGUACAGGGUCUGAGAAAGGACUUUAGCUACGAAAGGAUCCUCAAAGACCUCAAGAAGGAGUUCUGUUGCAAUGGAAAUGUUGUCCAGGACAAAGUAUUGGGAAAGAUAAUCCAGCUCCAAGGUGAUCAGCGCAAGAACGUCUCUCAGUUUCUUGUUCAGGCUGGCAUUGUCAAGAAAGAUCAGAUUAAGAUUCAUGGUUUUUAAGGACUUUGGGUCUUAACCGUGUUAUGUGCUAGUGGGGUGUGUGUGAGCACCACCUAUCUGAAAUAAGCAAAUAAUUCGUCUGUGUGUGGAUUUGGUUUCGGUUUUGCUUGUGUUUUUACUUAUUUCUUGUUUUUAAUCCAUGGGGAUUUCAUCUGAUUGUAAUGGGAUUCCAUCUAUAAUGGCAAUAAAUAUUCUUAGUUUGAAGAUA